AUUGGUGCCAGAGAAAUCUGCCCCAUAGACUCCCGCGGGUAGUUGCUUCGCUUCUCCACUAGUUUCCCGCCGGUUGCCCGUCUUACUCGGCAAAGAUGAUGGAGGUGAUGGAGUUGCCCAAGUCGCGCAUCAACGCCAGCAUGGUAGCUCAGUUCAUCGACCGGCCAGUUUGCUUCGUAGGGAGGCUGGAAAAGAUUCAUCCCUCUGGAAAAAUGUUCAUUCUUUCAGAUGGAGAAGGAAAAAGUGCAACCAUUGAGUUGAUGGAGCCUCUUGAUGAAGAAAUCUCUGGAAUCAUAGAAGUAGUUGGAAGAGUAACAGCCAAGGCAACCAUUAUGUGUGCAUCUUAUGUCCAGUUUAAAGAAGAUAUCCAGCCUUUUGAUCUUGGACUUUACAAUGAUGCUGUGAAAAUUAUCCAUGAAUUCCCUCAGUUCUUUCCUUUGGGGGUUGUGCAACCUGAUUGAUCUUGAUUGCAAAUGAGCUGCACCGAAGACUAUUAAAGAAGGCCCCUGUAUUUGAGGGAGAGAUUCCUGUUAUUUUAAUAAUAUUUAUUAUGUUUUCUUUCAUUUCAUUUACCUAACUUAAUUGGGUAUUCCAGUAUGCCAUUUUUAAUGGAGCUGGUAUGUUGACAGUUCUCACCUACAUACUUGUAAAGAAUCCCUGCUCUGCUGUAUGGUCAGAUCAGAUGCAAAAACAAAGUAGUUGUCUGCAUUUAGUUUUCUGUUUUGUUAAUAAAAGUUGAAAUGGUA